CUGUCAUUAUCCCUUUCCUAAUGGAUGUAUAUAGUUUACUCAACCAGGGCAACGCCAGCCUGGACUAUAAUGACCUGUGUCGUAUCCUCAAAACCAAUAAUAGCCAGACAACCUUAGAAAACAUUACUCAGGCAACCUUUGUAUAUCCUUCCACACUCGAACAAUCAUACGCGUUCUUUGAUGUCUACAUUCAACUUCUUUUAUCCAUUGAGAGUGAGAGCCAGAAACUACACAAAUCCACUAUUCAAGAUUCACUACGAACAUGUAUUAUGGGCAUCAUCAAACUCCAUGGUUUUGUCUGGUUGAUUUGCUUUUCUGCUCAUCUCUCCACACAUACCUGGCAGCGUCUCUACACUAACCCCGACCCUAUGAUCCUCAUUUACUUGUACGGUCUUGUAUUAGCCUCAGCAGACAAACAUUCCGCUGAGCUUGGUCGAUGGGCAGAGGCAUUAUUACAGUUUAUGAAAUCCCAAUCCCCAGUUAUUAUGCUUCACAUGUUGAUGAGCCUCUGGUCGGUGGACGAACUCAAUGGCCAUCAAACAGACUUUGCCACCGUCUGGCUAAACACCCUCGAGGCCUCUAUGCAACACUCUGAGGCUAUGCAGCAAUCAUUACAAGUAAUCUUUAAUGUUCUAGCCAAAGCAGACACGAGUUACAUGAAAGAUACUGUGGAUCAGCAGCUGGAGACCUCCCUGAAACGAGCACCGUUCACAGCCAGUGAACUGACACUGGUGAUGAUCUGGCUGGAAAACAAAUGCCGACAAGAAAUCGCCUUUCCUCACCUCGCCCAAGCAUAUUUCACUUUUCAAUACACCAACACAAUAAAAACCAAGAAAAGGAACAAGAAUCCACUUAUCAAGAAUCUUUUAGAACCCCAACCAAGCGAUCCAACCGAACGGGCUGCGAUUGUACGUAAAGGAACACAAAGCUGGGUAGGACUUGUCGGGAGCUUGUUGCCGUACGAAUUCGAAAUGUAUUUGAAAGAUGCAGUCCGUGUUUAUUAUCCUACCGAACGAAAGACAAUGUUAGACCUUGUUUUGGCCGAAUGGGUGAUCCGUGACCCUUUCGAAUGUCAUCGAACGAUCAUUUUGAACAGUUUGGUCGAGCAAUUACAGAGCUCGAAAUACAAUAUCCGAACCGCGCCUUAUUACGCUAUCAUCCAACUUUUUAGCUCUGCAGAGGAGAUGGGACCUAGAACAGGCUAUGAGAUCAAGACUGGAGCAAAGGUGGACCUGUUAGCAUUUCAGGCGGGCGAGAAAGAUAUCACACGUGGCUGCUGUUCUGUUUUGGAACAUUUAACAUUAUCCAACAAACAAUACACCCACACCUGCGUCGAGGACUGUAUCCGGACUGCGUCUGCAGGGAUUGUGGAAUGGUACGUUGGCUGGAUGGCGCGGGAACACACUCGUCUGGCUACAUCUCAAAACCUGUUUGGCGACUAUCUGGUCGUGACCCUCAAACAAGCCCGACAACGUGCACUGUCUUCCUGGGUUGUUCCGGCCUGUCUUGAGAAUCUCACGACAGAUUCACUUGGGUUACUUCUAGGCUUAAAUGAUGAUCCUGACCUUGUCGGUGUAUUUGUGGAUUAUUUUGGACAGGCGUCCCAGCUGGGCACUCGCCGUCUUGUCGACACCCUACUAAAGACCAAACCCAAGGCCUUCAUAGACCUUUUACUGGCUUAUCUACAGCGCCACAUGAACGACACCAAGAUGAAAUCCGAAAUGUCCAGGGCAUGGUUCAAAAAUCAUUUUCUAGCAAGCUUGUUAACAGAAGCAGCUGAAGCAGUAUUUGUUCCAACCUCAACUUACGCAACCACAUCAAUUAUGGACGAAAGCCAGCCAAACGUGGCUUCUCAGCUAUUGGCCCAGUUGCUGACUGAUCCCGAUCAUUAUGAAUGGUAUUUUGGCACACCUGUUGUUCCUCUUGGCACCAAGGAAAGAAACUUUGGUAGUCGUGAUGUGGCCCGUACCCACGAUAUCAUCAGUGUCUGGCACACUGGUCUUGCUUCUAUGUUGCAAGAAAUGGUCCGUAUUCCCGACAAUAAGGCAGUAGGUCUUGUUAAUUUCUGGCGAUCUCUCUGGAUCGAUUCUGACACCCACAAAUUCUCUGUUCCGACCCCUUGGAUUCUCCAAUGCCUGGGACUUUACGAUCUUGCACCGGCCAGUGUCAAGCAGCUUAUGGAAGAGUUUUUGCGGGUUGGUCUUCAUUCAGUCAAUACCAAGGGUCGUGGGUUCACCUUGCGGAUGGUUGAUCUUGUUAUGCUUUCUGAUAUGCCCGAGGCAGAUGAAGUAUUUGAUUUGUUUGUGCGACUGUUGGAAGAACAAGGCAAUACUGUCCAGGCUAAGGAAGAAGAAGCCAAGAUUGUCUGGGCAAUUACUGCAACUAUGGUUGAACUUGCCGAAGAAUCCAAGCUAGAGACCGAGCAAAGACUCCACAACAAACCAACCUCGAAAAAGCGCCAGAAACAACCUGUGCCGACUAGACCUAAAGAUACUCAUUGGAACAAGCGGCGCGGAAGAGGAGGGCGUAAGAAUCGUCUGGAUAAAAAGGCUGUCGUAGUUGAGGAAGUUGUAGAAGAGACGGUUGUUGAAGAACAGGAAGAAGAGGAUGACUGUCUGGGAACCUUGAUUGGUCGAGUUAUCGGGUUUGUCCUGAUAGCAGUAACAGCUUCAGAUCGCCACAGUAUUUGUGCAGAGACUAGAAGGAGACUAUGGCAGUCUCUUGCUAGCUCUCUUUUGUGUUAUGAAGCCCUGGAUACACUUCGACAACUGAGCUUAAGCGAAGAACUUCAGGAAGAUAUCCUAUCUAUAACCGAUGCAUGCCUGGAAAGAUUAAAGACUACCCAACCAAUUCUUUGGGAAGAUGCUCGACGAGUACUUGGAACAGUGAAUUAAAUACACAAUAUAAAUAAAUAGGAUAAUGCUCAACAAGUAUUUUUGUAUCUUAUAAAGCGUUCUUUUAUAACGUCCUUUAAUUGAUAUAUAUAUAUAUAUAUAAUUUUUUUUUGGAAAGU